AAAUAGUGGCUGGUCCAUUCAAGAGUGGUAAACGGAUGCGCGCAGUUCGAUUCUCGCAAAACUCGAGAAACCUUGCGGUUACUUCAAUCAUUUUAGAUGUGGCGAGGUGCAAGCUUGAGGCCUAGGUGUGGGACGUCCAAACACAGAUAUCGGUUGUUAGACUGCUAAAAUCUUGUUCCAUGGAAUAUUGGACAUAUACGCCGAUGUUCUGGACUAUCGAAGACAAGACAAUCGUAGCCGCUGCAUUCGGCUUCACGGACUUCGAAUUCGACUCCUGGUACGGGAUCUACGAAUUUGAAGCCUUCACACUGAAGACAGUCGGAACUCCCUUCAAAGGGCACAGCAAGGCUAUUGAUGGUCUAGCACUUUCAUUCGAUUGUGCUCUCCUCGCUAGUAGCUCUGAUGAUAAUACCAUCAAACUCUGGGCCUUCGAGUCCCGCCAGCUCCUUGCAUCAUUCCACGUUCAGGAUCCCCACUACCUUAUCUUCUCACCCAAUUCGCACCAACUGGCUUAUACGGCCUGGUACCACACCGAUAUCUACGUAUGUAACACCCCACCUGAGAUCCUUCAAGUUGCUAGCAUUCAGCCUGCACAGCAAGAGCCUAGAACCGGUGCUCCUAUACAUACACCCCUCGCUCAUCUACCCAACUCUGGCGCAGUUCGUCCUGAUGCCACGGACCGAAUCCUGGAAUGUCAAACACGCCGAAACCUCUCACAUACAAACUGCCGACAUGCGGAGGCAACACUAUGACCCAGGACUUCAGUCACUGCCUCAAGACCUCCUGUGUGCCCACGGAGGACCUGCGUUAGAUCUCCCCAGUACAACAAUAUCGCCUGUCGUAGCUCUUCUCCCUCGACC